UGUGACUUUGAGUUGUUUUUCCCGAUUUCAGGCAUUUACCCAGUGGAUAUUUUGGAAGAUGACCCUGGUAAUUGGUAAGCGGCUCUGGCUUACUGUGCCACUCUUGGGGAAGGAGCACGGCCCUCACCAGAGGUUUCUCUCUUCCUACUGGGGAGCAGGUGUGGCUGUUUACGUGAAGGAGUCCUGGUGGACCACUGAAGAUGUACUAAGAACCUCUGAUCCUGCAAAGGAAGGUCUGAUGAAGGUUCAGUCAUUUGGGGAAAGGAUUGUGCUUUUAAUUCUAAACGUCGUUAUUUUUGGAAGACUGGAGAGGAAUUUGGAUGAUGAUGACAUGUUUUUUUUACCUCACUCUGUGAAGGAGGAGGCUAAAAUUCUGUGGAGAGAUGGAGCAGCUGUUGGAUUUUAUGCAACCAAAAGGAAAGGCAGCCUGUGUGGUGAUGGCAUGGGUGUGUGCUACCUGCUGCCUGUCUCAGACACCGUGUUUGUCCAGAGGAGCUAUCGCCGCCAGGGCCUGGGCCUGGCCAUGCCGAGGGACUUCUGCCAGACGUUCUGAGAGCACAAGGCCCUGGGCAUCAGCUGGCCCAUCUCCCCUGCCAUGUACCAAGUCUGUAGGAAGUUCUUGGUGGCACAUCCAGAGGAGUGGAGGCGCCUGUGGGAGGCGCAGCCCCCAGGAGCCUGGGGCCAGCGAGUCAACAUCUGGCUGAAGGUUCAGCUUCAACAGGCAAUGCGUCUAGAUUCUAACCCAGGAAAUUCCAAGGAGGAAGUGACUGCUCUUGGGCGCACUUCUCAAGACAGUGGACCCGGAAUAUCCCAUAAUGGAGAAGACAAUGAGGAGAGGAUCAGUAGAGAAGAACUGGAGAAGAAUGAUCGAGAUUGCACAGUGACAGAAGCAGCUGGGUGGCUUGGAAGAGCAUGCUGGGCUGAGCAGGAGGGGAAGGAAGCCAAGAGGACAGCGGUGGAUGCCAGGCUGCCCCCAGGGUCGUGGCGGAAGCACAUGUGUCCCAGCUCCUAACCCCUAACUCGCAGAGGCUGA